AGAGAGGAGAGAAGCAAGCUGUGCUGUGAAGUGCAGCAACUGGCCUCUUCGACAUUAGUCAAUAACAACAAUAGUAAUAAUAAUAAUAAAUAUGUCCUUAACGGUGCUGACCUCUACUUACAGACUGAGGUCCCUCUGCAGACUGCGGCGAAUCCAGGGACACAUGAUGUCGAGUCAUGCGGAACAAGAGGUUCUCAUGGAGAACGUGGGCAGAGCCGGCGUGAUCACCUUAAACAGACCUAAAGUCCUGAACGCUCUCAACCUGUCCAUGAUCCGACAGAUGUACCCUCAGCUGAAGAAAUGGGAUAAGGACAAUGCGACUGAUCUUGUGAUUAUCAAAGCAGCAGGUGGGAAAGCCUUCUGUGCAGGUGGAGACAUCAGAGCGGUUACAGAAGCGGGGAAGGUCGGAGACUCUCUCGCACAGGACUUUUUCCGUGAGGAAUACAUUCUGAACAAUGCUAUAGGGACCUGCAGUAAACCAUAUAUUGCCCUCAUUGAUGGAAUAACGAUGGGAGGGGGUGUGGGUCUGUCAGUUCACGGGCGGUUUCGAGUGGCCACUGAGAAGACGCUGUUUGCCAUGCCGGAGACCGCUAUCGGGCUUUUUCCCGACGUGGGAGGCGGCUAUUUUCUGCCGAGGCUCCAAGGAAAGUUGGGACUGUUUUUGGCUCUGACAGGCUUCCGUCUCAAAGGACGCGACGUGCAGAGAGCCGGUGUCGCUACUCACUUUGUAGAGUCCAAGAAGAUCCCAGACCUGGAGAAGGAGCUGGUGGACUUGAAGUCUCCGUCUGCCGAGGACGUCUCCAGACUUUUAGACUCCUUCCAGAACAAGAGCGGACUGGAUGCUGAGAAGCCUUUUAUCUUGGAUAAGCACAUAUCUGAUAUUGACAGGCUGUUCAGCUCCAGCAGUGUGGAGGGCAUCGUGCAGAACCUGAAGGCAGAUGGCUCCGACUUCGCUAAGAAACAAGCUGAGAUACUGGCUAAGAUGUCUCCCACGUCCCUGAAAGUCACAUACAAGCAGCUGCAGUUGGGCUCCUCUCUGAGCCUGGCGGACGUGUUGGUGAUGGAGUAUCGACUGAGCCAAGCCUGCAUGAGAGGCUGCGACUUCUACGAGGGAGUCAGAGCUGUGCUCGUUGACAAGGACCAGAGUCCGAAGUGGAAGCCGUCGACGCUGGAGGAAGUGUCGGACCAGAGUGUGGAGCAGUGCUUCUCCUCGCUGGGAGAGAAGGAUCUGACUUUCUGAUCGUCCCGUCAGCCAGCAGCUGCUUCACACUUCCGAAACACACACACACACACACACACACACACACACACACACACACACCAUUGAGCCUUUCUCUAAACAGCUGCUUCCUGUCCCCCAAAUUCUCCAUCAUAGUCAUUCAACAGGACUUCACUGCUGAGGAUGAAGGGAUAAAAGUGAGGUAGCUAUUUUAUUUUAUAUGAGGUACACACAUGAUUUAACACUAUGUAAAGGAUUGUAAUUUUUUUUCUCCUUCCGUCUCAUAAAAAAGUGACUUUGUGUGGAAAAUAUUGUCAUCAUGUGCCAUUAAAAUAAAAGCUAUGAUCUAAAAAAAACCUUUUAGUCCUGAUUUAACAGAUUGAGAGAUGUUGUUUCUGUUCUGUGUCGUUAUCAGCGGCUCCUACUGUAAACUUUACUCCCUUAGUUUCAUUUUUAGUUCCAUAAAUCUGCAUUAAAUCAUCAUGUUUCAGUCAGUGUGUGUGGUUGGUAUUACAUAGGAGAACUAUUCUGCAUUGGUUUGGAGUCACUAGGUCACAUGGCUUAGGAGGUAUUGAAAAAAAAGACACCUUUCCUUAUUUUGAAUAUCUGUCGAAUAUCCGAAUAUCCAAUAUCAAACCAAUUUCACCUCGGCAAAGAACCAUAGAAAAUCGUCACAUAUGAGAAGCUUGAAAUCGAUUAUUUGAUUAUUAAUAUAGUUAGUUAAUUUUCUGUUAUUGAUUAAUCAGUUUCUCUCUUCCUGUGCUGUGAUAUAAAUCAGCCGCCAGAUUCAUCGACACUUUUAAACACUUCAUUCACUUUCAUUUUUUUCUUUUUCUGACAUUUUACUGUAAAAUCCAGAGUUACCUCAUUCAUUAUUGCUGCCAGAAAUCUCAAAUCAGCGGCAGAAGACGUCGCUAAGAGACUCAGAUCAAACAUGUUUAAUGUAAAUUUGCUCUGCAGUGAAAGAGAGGAGCCUUUUAUCUGAAGUCUGAGUCGUACUGUACUGUAACGUCGGCCUCGCAUUAACACGAGAGCAGAAAAUGAUCUCACCGCUGAGUGCUUUAUUCCAUUUCCGGUUGUUGAAGUGACACAGAUCAGUAGCGUCGAUAUUUUCUGCAGUGUUGAAUUAAUAUAGAUCAUAUAUUUCUAAUAUUGUCCCGAUGUUUGUCUUUUUAGUGGCAUGUAUCUCUAUUUUCUAAUCUCUUUUAAUGAUCUUUUCUCUGCAAUUUAUGAAUUAAAAAUGGUGUGAGCAGU